AUGGUGUCUGCGCGAGCAGGGAUUCUAACGGUGUCGGGGGUAAAGCUGAAGUACGAUGCCCCGAGUCGAACGUGCGUGACGUUCUCGCACUGCAGUGGAUGGGGGGAAGCGAGCAAGCUGCUGUACGCUCAUGUGCCGUCUGGUCAGAGUAUUGUCUUCUUCGCGGAGGAGGACUGCGCUGGAGACCCAGUAUUCACUGGCGAUGUUGGGAAGACAUUCGGGAAUGAGAUCGUGAAAGGUGACAAAGCGAUCGCGCGGUCGUUCAUAUUGGCCAAAUACACACACUACCCUGUGAAAGGGAUCAUUAGCGAGUGUCGUGGUGAGAGUGCGUUGGUUUCGAAUGCUUCGGAAGACAACAAUAGCACGGCGUGGCUGUAUUCGUCAAGUUGGGGGAGCUCUCAGGACGGUAAUCUAUCGCUCAAUUGGUUUGGACCACUCGAGAGCGACGAGGUCUCGGUUGGAGAUAUUUGA